AUGAAGGUCGCCCGCCACCAAAGUCGAGAAAAAUGGCCUGCGUCCAAGAUUCGAUGUUUGAGAGAACGUCCAUACUGCUCGUCGUGCCUGAAGCGGAGACUGCCUUGCGAGUAUGAGGUGCCGCAUAAACCAGGUACCCCCAACUCACUAUCAUCUUCAUCAGCGCCCCGCGCUCAGUCCAAGUCUCCCGGUAUCGACAGGGCCUUGCAAGACGAUGCCCUACAUGACGCGUUCAUUCCAAUGGCCAACUCAAACCCCUCGGCUGCUUCUGCUAUCAACGAGUGCAUGAGCUCUGUCACCACCACUGAUCACAUGACACUCGAUGAAGGCUUCACCUUGCGGGGGACCGGACAAGCGCAGUCUCAGGCUCCCCCGGUGAUAGACUUUUCGAGCAUGUUCGCGGACAACAAUUGUUUCAGUACACUGGACACAAAUCUAGGAUGGAUCUUCAGCAACAACUUCGAGGACAUCUUCGCCUCAAUACCCCCAUCACCUGGGGCAGCCGAACCAAAGGCAACGGUCGGCCUUCCCGUUGAGCGGCCAGAGCUGCAGAAGUUUCAGACCGGGGACCUACUUCUCAAUGAUCUUGACACCCAAAUUGCCAUCCCCGAUUUGCCGCUGCCCACCCCUCGCGAUAGAUGCAGCCCCGAUGAUGCUUGGCCGAUGGAGUGGCACGCAUCGACUGAGCAACGUCUCGUCUUGCCCUCCUUGGGUCAAUCCAGCGACGGUCAGCUUAUUGAAUUUGGGUCCUUCUACUCACUUUCCCCGAUCACCGAGACAACAAGAGCGACCAUGAGUGGAAGCAUCCGAAUCCCCCUGCAACGAAUACCCUGGCAAGCUGUUUCACUGGCCAAUUUCCCAUCCAAGGAAAAGCUGGAUCAUUGCAUUGACCUUUAUUUCCGACACUUUGACUAUAUUUUCCCAAUCCUGCAUCGCGCCACUUUUGACCCGGCUGAGUUCCCACUCCUGACAUUGUCUGCAGCAUGCAUAGGUGCGUGCUACACUACCUUUUAUGGAGCUCAAACUUUUUCCAAUUCACUGUCGGAGUUGAUCAGACGUCUUAUCACCUUCAUGGCCGAGUAUGAUCAGAGAUUUGUAAGGACGGAGUACUAUGUUAUUUCGCAGCUGCUCCAGAGCGUUCAAGGCUACUGCUGUGGAAGUCGACGCCUUUUCGAACUCAGUGAGUCAGCGCGCAGUGCUCUUGUCAACAACGCGAAAAACAUGGGCCUAUUUCGGUAUCGAGUACCUCCUAUCGACGAAAACCUCAAUCUCGAGGGCCGCUGGCGUGAGUGGAUCAGACAAGAAAGACUUCGACGGCUGGGGUGGGCUGUCUACGAGCUUGAUUCCUCCGUUAGUUAUCUUCACAACAACCGACCAUACCUCAGCAAUGCGGACAUUGACAUGGAGAUGCCCUCGGCUCCCGAACAUUGGGAAGUACAAUCCGCACAAGCUUGGGGUGCUUUGCACCCUUGGACAGGGCGUACACCAAGGCCCCUCAGGUUUCGACCUCUGAUCAGGUCACUAUUCGACGACACCGAGAGGGCUCUGGCAAAGCUCGACAGGUCUCAUGACCGCAUUGUUCUCCUCACGUUCGUGCAAAUGAUGUGGGGCGUCAAGGAAAUGAAAGCGUCGCCCUUCGGCGACAUGAUUCCGGGCACUGUGCAAGCGUCUGAAGGACAGAUGAAGCUCCAGGGUUUGAUCGAUCGAUUUCUCUACCUACGCACCAAUCCGGUCGCAGCCGCCACCCUGACCAGAAGAGAGCUUGCUUGCGCAUUCAGGCAAGUCCAGAUGAUACAUAUGUCUCAUCUCUACGCCGCCGGGGACUUGAUGGACUGGCUCUAUCCUCUAUUACGGCGGGGCCCAGAAUACGAGAGCGCCAAAGCUCGGAUGAUGAAAUGGGCUUCCCAGGAUGCCGUGCAGGUCCGCGAGGUGGCCUUUCACAGCUCCCAGACGCUUGCGGUGUUCAGAGAACAUCAGGCCAAUUUCCCCCACGAACCCUUCACCGCGUUUCACGCUGGCGCGGUCCUCUGGUGCGUGGCGGAUCUCCUCCCGAAGAGCAGCUCGAUGCAUACGUCUCCUGGCAUCCGUCUCGACCGACUCGUGAGCCAUGAACGAGAGACAGUCGCUGUGAAAGAGUGGAUCCAGACCGGAGGACCACAGGUCGUGAGCAUCUAUGGAGUUCCCAACCUGACUGCCAAGGAUGGAAAAACCCAGGUCUUGGAGGAACUUGCCGCGCUGUUGAAACGCAUGAAGCCAUGGGGAAUCGCUCACAACUUCCUCAAGGUCGUCACGCGCCUAAUGGCCUUUCAAGCUUGCAAUCUCGAUACAUGUCUCGGCGGUUAA